AUGGUGGUGGCACAGACCACGGGAUCGGUGCCCGGCUGCCGUGUCUGCGACCAAGCCCGCUAUGUGCAUGCCGAUUGCGCUGACGUCCAGGAAGAGGAGGCCCUUCGGAUCUGCCAAUAUGCAUGCCCCGACUGCACGGCGAAAGGCCGGGGACGUACAUACAUCGACCCUCCAUCCCAAGUGCUCGUACUGCCAGGAAUGAACGCGAUGGAUUCAGCAGCAUGGUAUGCAGCAGUGGUCGAGCACGGCAACUCCCUCGACGAUUUCCGACUGUUCUUGCGCAAUGCAACGUUUCCAAACGUGGCCAUCCGACAUGCCGCUCCAGAGGCCAUCAUGUCGGCGAUGGUGCAAUGCAACGGAUUCCGCGAUCCCAUUUUCGUGCAAGGAAAGAUCCCCGGUAUGGUCAUUCCCGACGACCCCAUCACGCCGAAAGAUAUUCCAUCUCUUGUGGCCGAUGGCAGUUUACCAGUUCGCGUCGGCCACUCCAACACCUCCACGCUACAGCCAUGCAAUCAAGACGACUUGGAGCUCGUCUGCCGCGACAAUCGGUUCCGGCGGUCGCUGGUGGAAUUCCCGAUCGCGGACACACCGUUGGAGCGCCAAUUCAAGGCUCCACCAAUGGUGCGAGACAUUGACUGGUUCCAUCAACUCAACCCGACGGGCCUUCUCAACCCCAACACGUUUGCGUGCAUUCAAGGCAUGGCGUCGUACCGCGACUUUCGCAUGAGUCCAUGGGGCACGUCGUCGUGGAUCUCGAUCGGCCGUGGCCUUUCACUGACUGUGUUCCUGAUCCCUCCAUCGCCGGACAACCUGGCACACUUUGCCGGAAAUGAAAAGCACCACGCGUCGCGGUUCACGCUUCUAUUUCUGGGGAACGGCAUGCACGGAUGCCACCGCGUCGAGAUGCGCCCGAACGAUACACUCUUCAUCCCGCCAGGGUGGAUGUGGGCUUCCAACGUCCUCCACGACGAUACAUCCUCCGCGACGUGCGUCAUUUUCUCCGGAUUCUUCCUGCAUGGGUUUACCCUGCCAGCGCAACUUCACCUCUUGCAGUACCACCAAUUGCUGGCGACGCACACAGAGUAUGCCACCGACUGGCCGCUUGUGGCGACCGUCGCAGAGUUCUCCGAUCAAGCCAUCGACACCCUUGGCCACGUGCUCAAGUUUUGGAUUUGGCCGGCCAUGUACAUGUACUCGCGUCGAGUCAAGAAGCAGCGGUCCAUGUCGCCGUGGGAAAACUGCGGCCUGUUCCAAGCGAUCGCGCAACUUCGAGACAUGACAGCUGCGUCGGUGGGCACGGCGCCGCCACUGGAGGGCGCGUCGUGUGGAUGGUUCACUGGUCUCACAGCGGCCACGGUUGGGCCGAUCCUAGAUGCCCUCGAGGCCGACUUGCGUUUGAAACAGAGCUCUUCCUCUCGACGGCCACAAGAGCCCACGACAAGCGCGACGACUUUCGCGGCCAAGGCACAAACACCGCCGCCACACCCUCCCCGUCUGUCCCAACAAGCAGCGGCACAGUUCUUGAAUGCAUUUGUUGCUGACAGCACCACGUCCAGAGCGUCGGUGGCUCUUUCCACCAGUCGGUCGGACUCGUCACUGUCGCCUCGUUCUCGGAAUCGUCGUGGGGUCGCGAUAUCCAGCAACUCGUUUCUCACCCCACCAAGGGGGCAGCGUGCCGCGGCGUGCGCAAAAUGCCAAGACAAGCAAUGCAAAUGUAAUCCAAUGCGUCGCGGCGACGGCGGCGAUGACGAUGACGCGGUGUGUAAGAUCUCCUGCCAAGAGUGCAAGAAGCCCGCGUGUACGUGCUCGACGCAGAAAACCCAAAAGUCCAAGGCACCCCACACCACGACGGCCACAUUGAAAGGUCCCAACACGCCGUCCACCAUGCGCACUUCGUCCUCGCGGCAGCCGACGGAUUCCGCCGCGGCGCCUCCCCCUGACUUUGACGAGUGGAUGGCGUCACUCCCACUUCGUCUGCCAACAAAACUACGGUCCCGGUCAGCUUCGUCCCACAAAUCAAGCGAGUCCGUGGCACCCAUCCAGAGGAAGAAAGCACCUCGUGCCCUGCCGCUUCCCAUGCCCCCCGAUGACUUGGACUUGUGGGAAACAUCGCAGCCCGUCGAGCUCCCACCCAAACCCACCACGCGCCAUUCAUCAGCGACGCCUCCAACCCAUGCGACACGAACCUCGUCCAGGUUUUUUGCCGCGAAAACGCCGUCCCCUCUUCCCAAAUCCACCGCCAGGGCAAGUCCGCCAAUUGUCGAGAUAGACGACGACGACGGUUGGUUUGAUACGACCGAGCCGAUUCCAGUCCUUCCUCCAAAGACGCCCCACAACGCGUCGUCGCGCCGAUCGGAUGCUGCCAUGCCGAUAGACAGCAGCUCGUCGGAGCAAGACGACGACCAGCCCAGGUCCACUCCAACAACGUUGUCGACAUGUGCCUGUCCUGCAUCGUUUCAGCGAUGUACGAGUUGCUUCAACUGCAUCAAGUUCGACUGCACGUGCCCCGCCCAAUGCGGCUGCAGCCUUCCCAAAUGUCCAGUGUGCCAGAACUGCUUUGCCACGCAUUGCUCGUGCGGCCCAGCCUCCCAUACGACGACGGCGUUGACAUUGCUCGCUCGACGGGAUAACGAAUUGCGAUUCAUCCAAGCAGUCCAAGAUCGAACCGUCAAGCUGUUCAACCGAUCGCGACACGAUGUCCACGAAACCCUCCGCGCCCUCAACUUCGACCCGCACGAGGGCGAUUUUGAGUAUCUGUUGUCGCUGCCUGUGUCAAGAUUCAUGCAAGCUGCGCCUCCACAUCGUCAACACUACACCAAGGGUUCGAUUGCACGCAGCACCGGCAAGAGCACUGGUCGGAAACGCUCUCACGACGUUGUGGAGAGGACGCCACCCGAACGACCGGACCGCACGCGACCUCGAUCUUGACCAUGAUAAACAUCACUUAAGCCCCUAUAACGCCCGCGCAUACGUAUGCGAGGCGGCUCCUCAAUUAACGUCGCCAACCACCCGCACCGCACGUCGUCGUUCGCGG